AUGUGGGCGGUCGCCGAAGGCCUGGGUGAUGCUGGUGUGGCCUGGAUCAAGGGCAGAAUCGCAGCCUCGAAUAAUACCGUUCCGAGUAUGUGCGAAGUUGGGACAUUCGUUACCACCUAUGCCUCGGACAACGUCGACACAUUGGUUCAGUGCGCCACACAGUACAACCCUGCUACUGCCACAAAGAUUGCCCUCGAUGCGGUCUCGCUGGCUGGUAUAGUCGCGAUGAACGGCUUCAGCCUGCCGAAUAUCGGUAACGCGAUGAUUUGUGGAGUGCUGGAUUGUCUUCAAGCGGCUUAUAAGAACCAGUUCUGCCCCAAAUACAAGGGCUGGCUCAAGAAGGUCGACAAGACCGCCAUGCAGAACCAGGUGUGCGCCAUGGGUGUGCAAUAUCUUCAGAACUCGAAUCUCGUCCAGACAUGUUUUAAUGCCUGCAAGGCUCGCACCCAGGUGGCCGUCAUGCAGAAGCUGUUCGACCCGUUCGUCCCGAAAUACGCGGGCAUGUACCAGACGUACAGGGACAAGUCGACGGUAGCCUGCAUGACCAAGAGCCAAAUCUGCGGCUGCAACCAGGAACUGACAGACCUAAUCAACGCGGCGGGAGGA